CUCGGACAGUGACUGUAUGCAUCACUUCCUGUUGCAUUUUCUAUUGCUUUUCUGUUUCUUCCUUUCAUCCUCCACAAGCUUUUACUUUCUUUCUAUCUUCCCCUCACUUAUCUCUCUAUCCAUCUUCGCCAGUUUAUUUUACUCUCUAUCUUCCUCUCACUUAUCCCUUUAUCCAUCUUCAGAAAUUUGUUUUGCUGACUUCCUAGUAUUUCUUGAACCUUCUCUUUCUGUUCUCCGCCUUUCUUUGCCAACAGCUCUCAGGAAGUAGAUGAAGCAGCCAGGGUUGGUUAUGAUAAUUGAUUCAGUUGGAUUCUGAAAGCUUCAAUAAAAUAGUAAAGUGGGAUCUUAAUUAUGGUUGUCUUUUUGUACUUUUCUUCUUCACCUUCUUGGAAGCCUGAACAAGAUUUAAGCUGAUUGGAGAGAGGAGUUGGUUGAUAAUGGAGAUUUCUGGAAUUGGUUCAUUUCUAAGGAAUAGGAGGUUUGGGAACUACCUUGAAGCGAGUUUUGGGGUGAAUUUUGCCUCACCGUCAAAAGUAGCUGUAAAGGAAGAGGUGGAAAAGAAGAUACAAUCUGUUGCUUUUGUGGAGGAUGAUGGAAUAGGGGCUGUGUUGAUUUCAUGGGUUAGGAUCGUUGUUUGUUUCGUGACAAUGAUGUUUACUACAUUCAUAUGGGCCUUGAUCAUGCUGGUGCUUUUUCCGUGGCCUUACCAGAGGAUCAGGCAGGGUAAUAUCUAUGGUCAUUUGACCGGCAGAUUGCUGAUGUGGAUCUUAGGGAAUCCCAUAAAGAUUGAAGGUUCUGAAUGUGCUGAUGAAAAGGUGAUUUAUAUCUGUAACCAUGCCUCUCCAAUCGACAUUUUUCUUAUAAUGUGGUUGACACCUACUGGCACUGUUGGUGUUGCGAAAAAAGAGAUCAUAUGGUAUCCACUCUUUGGACAGUUGUACUUUUUAGCCAAUCAUCUUCGGAUAGACCGCUCCAAUCCAAGUGCUGCCAUUCAGUCCAUGAAGGAGGCUGCGCAUACAAUUCUCAAGAAUAAUUUGUCUUUGAUUAUUUUCCCCGAAGGAACAAGGUCCAAAAGUGGGCGUCUGCUACCAUUUAAAAAGGGUUUUGUACAUGUGGCUUUGCAAACCCGCCGGCCAAUUGUUCCUGUUGUCUUUACAGGCACCCACAGGGCAUGGAGGAAGGGGAGCUUGCACGUUAGGCCAGCGCCUCUGAACGUUAAGUAUCUUCCUCCCAUCAGAACAGAUGAUUGGACCGCAGACAAAAUUGAGGACUACGUGAAAAUGGUGCAUGAUGUUUAUGUCAAAAACCUCCCAGAAUCUCAAAGGCCCAUGCAUUAGGAGGAAGGAGUGCUGGAACAACACCACCUUCCCAGCCAAAAACUCUUCCUGUAAUUUGUAGCUCUCAGAUGAAUCGCAGCAGCUUCAGAUGGGAGCAUCAUUGCGUAAUUUUUCGGUAUUGGAAAUAGCACAGCUGAUAUAAUGUACCAUGCUGGCAUUUUUCAACCAAUGAAAUCGGCAUAGGUUUCAUAGAUGGUUCUCUUGUUUGCAACCAAAAAAGCAGCAGAUAUAUCGCGCAUAUUCUUGGUUUCCGAGUCGAGUUCCAGCAUGAUGUCAGAGUAAAUAGCGUAAUUGGAAGAGGGGCAGGAACAGUUGCAUGACAGUUCACGGCUAAAAUUUGGUCAAAAAAAAUUGUACGAUCCAGAUUUCAUCUUGUACAUCAAUUUUAACAACAUGUGUGGAAUCCACACAAUUUUGCUCUAGAAUUAAAAAGUAAGUUAUACCA